UUCUUUUCUCUCUUUGAUUUAUAGCCAUUCGAUCUACUCCCUAAAUUUUUCGUUCCCCGUCGUUCCAUCAGCGACCUCCUGAACACUUAGCUCCCUCAACAUCUGCUCCAUCAAUCACUAGACCAACGCCCCCACAGAACCGUUCAAUUCUCUCCGCCUUAGCCGACGGCGUUUCACUCCCUCGCGUUGCCCGGCACCAGGUCCCCACUCUCCACUACCUUGCGCCACCGAUUCCCCUUUUUCCCUCUCUGUCGACAGACCCAUUCUAAUACCCAAAACCCAUCUCCCGAACCAGAAGCUCACAGCCCUACGCCAUCUCCAUCGACACAGCAGCCCCAAUUUUGCUCGAAAACGCUGCUCUCAACACAGGCUGCUUCCGCUCCUCUACGCUAAAUCGGAACAACACCACUACUGUUCCAGUUUUCAUUCGUAUUGGGGCAGAGAUUCAACUCCAUAAUUCGAGCAACUCUGGAAAUUGGUCUUCAAAGGCUGUGAUUAACAAAUAUAUCUCGACAGGGAGUUCAAUUGGAUGUUAUUAAGCUAAGGGCAAUUUGCUGCUUGGUUGUCAAGAAAACGGAUGAAAAUAAACAAAAAAUAACUGCAAGGGAAAGAAAUUGGAAGCUUUGAAUUUUGCAAUGACAGUACUUGCAUAAAUAAUGUUUUGUGGUACUUGCUUUCUAUGAGAUGGUGUUUUGUAAAGCCUGUGCAAGAGAUGUUCCUGGAAUUCGUGAUGGUGAUGGGCUUUUGUCCUGUAGCAGGUGUGGUAAGGUUCUGAAAUUUGAUAAUUAUUCAACUGAAGCCACAUUUGUAAAAAAUGCAUCGGGACAGAGCCAAUUGGCAGGAAAGUUAGUAAGGAGUAUUGAAAAUGAAAAUUUUUCAAGGCAAAGGUUAUAUGAUAAAGCUUAUGAUGAUUUGAUAAGUAUAAAAAAUGGCUUGGGCAUGGGUGAAAAUCUUGCCAUAGUUGACCAAGCUAUGGUGUAUUAUCGAAUAGCAGUUGAACGAAAUUUCACUAAAGGACGUAGAACAGAGCAAGUCCAAGCCGUUUGUCUUUACAUUGCAUGUCGGGAGAACAGAAAGCCAUAUCUUCUUAUUGAUUUUUCGAAUUACUUGAGAAUCAAUAUUUAUGUGCUAGGUGCUGUUUUUUUGCAGCUCUGCAAAGUUUUGAAUCUUACAGAACAUCCCAUUUGCCAGAAACUUCUUGAUCCAUCCAUUUUUAUUCAUAAAUAUACAGCUAGUUUAGCAGGAGGAAAGAAUAAGGAUAUUUCUGAUUCUGCACUGACCAUUAUAGCUAGCAUGAAUCGUGAUUGGAUGCAGACAGGGAGGAGGCCUAGUGGGUUGUGGGGCGCAGCAUUAUAUAUAUCUGCACUGUCACAUGGUCUCAACUGUUCUAAAUCAGACAUUUUAAAGCUGGUGCAUGUUUGUGAAGCAACACUCUCAAAACGAUUGGUAGAAUUUGAGAGUACGGAGUCUGGCAGCUUAACGAUUGAGGAACUGAAUGCAAAAGCAGAAGAGCUUAAAGAAAGUUCAACAGAUCAAUCAGAUGUUAUGUUGAAGACGUCAAGCUCAAAAGAGUUGCUUUGUCAUCACAAGGGUACUAGUAGACUUCCUCAUGCCUAUGGUCUUUGUAACGAGUGUUACGCAUAUUUCAUAGGAUUUGAGGGUGGAAUGGAUCCUCCAGCUUUCCAGCGUGCUGAGCGGCAAAGAAAGGAAAAUCCAUCUGCUAUGGACAAGACUGUAGACCCAAAUGCGUUUGAGGAGUUGAACAGCCAACAUGUGGGCAGAGAUGAAAGACUGCAGUCUACUGAGCCACAAAGCCUUGGGGGAACUGCUCAGGACAUGCCUGCUAAUGAUGGUGGUUAUGGUAAAUUUAAUGGAGAGGACGAUACAUGUUCUAAAGCUCAUGAUGAAUCAGACAACUUUUCUGAUAUUGAUGAUGCUGAGGUUGAUGGCUACCUUCACAAUGAGGAGGAGGCUAAGUACAAAAAAAUCAUUUGGGAAGAAAUGAAUCGUGAGUAUCUUGAGGAACAGGCAGCUAAGGAGGCAGCUGCAGCAGCUGCUAAGGAAGCUUGGGAGGCAACUUUUAAGAACUGUCCAGAGGACGUGCAAGCUGCAAAGAAGCUUGAAGCAGCCGUUGCAGCAGCUGUAGCAAAAUCGAAAAAGGAAAGGCAACAAAAACGAGCUGCAGAAGCAAGGAACUCAGCUCCUCCACAAUCUGCUUCAGAAGCUGCCCGCCAAAUGCUGACAAAGAAGCAUAUUGCAGUUUCUGAGAAAGUCCAUGGUUUCUUUUGCAGAGAAUCAGUUCAAAAAUCAAUUAUGAUGCCUUGGAGAAACUCUUUGAUGAACCUGGCUCUAAGGAUCCCAAGAAACCAAGGACAGAAUCACAUUCUGAUGAUGAUGACAAGUUCCCGCAUACAGAUAACGAAAAGGAUGACCUGGGGCAAGAAAAUAAAAAUGUGGACGAGGAGGAUGCCGAAGCAUAUAACUACACAAAUGAUCCUUAUUAUGAAAAUGGCGAAGAAGCAUAUGGCUAUGAUUACAACGAGAACGAUGAUUAUAGUGUUUAUUAGCCAUGGCAGGCGGUUGUACUUAAUUCUUUCAAACCUUCUUGAUAAAUAGCUGGAGAGGAGAGGAGCAAUUCAUCUUGCUGGAAAAUAUCAGAAUAUGGACACAUUCUUCUGCAGCAUUCUUCGGACAGUACAUUAGCUAAUUUAGACUCUAGAAUAGACUCCACUCUUUUCUGUAGAAGUUCGCGUCAUCAAUUUUUUUUCUCUUUUUUAGUUCUUUAUUUGUUUGAUAUACUUUUAGGAGCCUUGGGUUUGAUUUUCUUUCUUUUUUUUUUUUGAGAUAAAAAAAGAGGGAGAAAAUAAAAGGUGUAAUUAUUAGGAUACAUUGACGUACCAACUGAGUUCUUAUUAACAUAAUUAUUAGAAAGAUACAAAUUUUAUAAUGAAA